CGCUCCGCCCCUGAUCGGAGGUUUACAUCUGUCGAGCCACCAUGCAAUGAACCACAGCACUGUUAUUAAAAGCCUGACCUAUCAGAAACGGCUUGGGCGGAGUCACGUGGACACAUCGACUGACAGAUAGGCAGGCGGCAAGGUGAGAGAGGAACUUAUGGCACUUCGCGGAGGGAGAGGCAAGUCUGUGCGUAAAAACUGAAGUUUACCACGCAGCUGUGCAGCAUCGGGGGAACAAGGGCAAUAACACAAGAUUUCAUCGGAGUGAAGAUACGACAAACAAAACAGCAACUGAGAGAGCGGCAGGAAAAGUGGUUGUAUGGCACCUCAGUCGUGCGUAAUGAAUCCUGCGCAGGGAUCGCCACCCUCGGCUGCUCCGGGGGAGACCUCACCAGAGGACCGCGCCGCUGGAGGCAUGGGAACUGACGAGCUCGACCUGUCACCUGUCAGAAGAUGUAAAACCAAAACUGUAGAUCUGCCUUUCAGCGUGGAAUCCCUCAUAUCGGACAGGACGCCGACUAGAAGUCUCCAUUCCCCCGAGCCUGGUUUAGGCUGCGUCCGGCCGGAGGACACUGAGUGUGCGCCACCGAGUGGACUUUAUCAGUCCAAAGCAGAGACGGUGGACCUCAGCGACAAGGAGACGAGCCCCUGGCUCCAGGCUCCUUACACAUCCCCUCCAAGACUUCCCAGCCCACCACCGUGCAAUCUGCGGAAACACAAGAACAACAGGAAACCCAGAACUCCCUUUACAACCUCUCAGCUGCUUUCUCUGGAGAGGAAGUUCCGUCAGAAACAGUAUCUGUCCAUCGCGGAGAGAGCAGAGUUCUCCAGCUCCCUCUGCCUCACAGAGACCCAGGUCAAGAUUUGGUUUCAGAACCGCAGGGCCAAAGCCAAAAGACUGCAGGAGGCCGAGCUGGAGAAGCUCAAGCUGGCCGCGAAGCCGCUGCUGCCGGCCUUCGCCUUCCCUUUCCCCCUGAGCGCACCCAUGGGCGCACCGUCCCUCUACGGGGCCCUGAACGGACCGCGGCCUGCCUUACCUGUCCCAGGACUAUUCGGUGGACCAUAUGGGAUGUACUACUUGUCUUAACACUCACUAACUCUGAACUGCUUCUUUGGAAAAGCUGCCUUAAAAAAAGCCUUAAUACAGCAAAUAAUCUACACUGCAAAAAUGUCCAUUUCAAUGAGUCACAGCGUCUGAAAGUUUAUAAGCUAUUAAAUAUUUUAUAAAAUCUUUCUCGUUACAGUGAAAAACAUCUAAUGGUGUGAGACGAAUAAUUAUUUUUUCACAGAGACACAUAAAACAAUCUGGCUUUAAUAUAAAUAGUAUUUUUCUUUCAAGAAAAACAUGGAACUGAAACAAGUUAAAUAUUUUCACUCUAUUGUAAUUUUUCAUAAUAUUUUAUUUAAUUUUCUAUGGGUUAUUAAAAUAAUCCUUAAAUAAGAUUUACUCAACGGUCAAUUACUCGUUAACGUGGUCAUUUCUGCAGUGUAUUCAGUAUUUUUUUUUUCAAUGACGGAGUCUCACUGAGCUCAUUUUGCGGAUUAAAAAUUCUAAUUUCAUGUGGAUGUUGAGCUUUUCUGUUGCAAAAGAGCUAUUUGAUCAAGUCAAAAUAAGUCAAAAAUGACAUCAACAAAUCAUUUAAAGGCCUGAAAAUCAGUAAGUCGCGAUAACACCACAGUGACCAUGUGAAGGUUAAAUCUAUAUUCCAGUGGCCUUAUAAUAGAAAUCAUUUCUAAAUUUUUAGAAAAACACUCAAGAGCAUCUAGGUUUAAUCUUCCACAUGAUUCCGUUCAGGCCUUCACAGUCUAAAACACUUUUUUGAAACUUUUUGUAUUGGGAAUUUAAUUAAGCCCAGUCACAACUCUCCGUUUUUUUAUAAGAUGGAUAAGCCAAAAAGUUAUCAAGUCUGACUGGUUAUAUCAUCCCUAAAAUUGUGAUCAGAAGCUAUAAACAGCCAAUCUAAAACUUAUGAGUUCAAUAAAAACGUGUUUUAGCAGUUUACAUCUUCACAAAUAUGUUCCCUUUGGCAUUUUUAUGGAGCUGUUAAAAGUUGCCCAUCCAUUUUAUUUUAAGUUGCUAUGAAUCAUGGUCUUUCAAGGGGAAUUUAGUAACAUCGAAACCACAUUAUUUCCAGUCAAUGUUUGUUUCUUUUUUUAUUUCACCAGAUUAAAAUGAUGACUCAACUGUAAAUAUGCUUUAUCAUUGUCCUUUAAAUUAUACUUUACCUCAAA